AAACCAAUAUUUUCUUAAAAGAGUUCUUCCACCAAACCAGGAUUAUGUUUUUUUUUUUUAUAGUUUUAUCUACCAUUCGUACUUGUGGUGCAUGCAAAGAAUUUGGGAACUGUUCCAGUGAACUACAAUGUAGUGAAUUUUCAGAUCUGUAUGAUUUUGAUUCUAGCCUCAAGUCUGACACGUGGACUAUUGUUAGCAUCGUAUUGUCCAUAAGUGUAGUAGAAAUUGUCAUUGCUUUUGUAUUGGGAUUCAUUAGGUUCAGAAAAAAGACGACAACGAAAGAAAUUCAAAUCGCAUCAGUCAUCCAAUCAACGAAUGAGGUCAAUAAUGGCGGUGAAAGUAUUAUGGCUGAGUCGUCCCAUGAAUACCUGCAGAUGACAGAUGACUGUCACUCAUACAAUGCUUUAAACAACAACAGAGCCUAUGUCAGCAUGUAUAAUGAAUUAAACGUCACACACGAGUACACAGAUGCUUUUACCCCCAAUGAUAAUGACCGUCAAAACAUGCAUUCUGAUAUGGUAAUAGAGACAGCUAGACAUUCAGUUGCUAAUGACUACGAAACUGUAGAUUAACAUGGCAAUUUGAGAUAAGACAAUCUGUAUAUUAAGCUCUUUUCACAACAAUGCUUGUAAAAAUCAAACCAGAUUCAGUAAAGAUAUGUAAAAAAAUAAACAGUUAAUAAAAUAAAAUAAAAAUAUGAUUCUUAAUGAAUAGGCGUUCUCACCAAUUGUUAAAUAAAUUUGCUUAGCAAAAACACAGUCGUUCUAAAUGUUGUUCACAUUGCUUUGAUAUAAAAAGGAUUGCAUCGAUGCAUCAGUCAAAUUAUCCAUGUUUUAUUGAUUGCCCAAUGACAUGCAAAAGAUACAAAAAGAAAAUUCAAAAGUCGAAAACAAGCUGACAAUAUACCACAAAAAAAAAAGAUGUGACAAACAGUAGGAAAAAACAACACUUAAUAUUUUAAUUUGUUCUUCUGGGUUAUAACAUGAUAUCUCCGGUAUCUUCCAUGUCAUGGUUGAUUUCCUUUUGAUAAAGAGGCAGUGCUUACAAGCAUACAAGCAAGCUAUAUCAACAAGAGUCCCAAGGGAUUAUCGAGUCAUUUCGUAGACAAUAUUACAGAGGCAAUCACAAGAUUGUUUUAUGGUGUAUCUGUUGUAAAUUCGGAAAAACGGCACUUGUAAAAAAGUCCAUUCCUACAUAUGUUGACGUUUGGUUGUGUUGCAAGUCAGUGUGCUUGUUGUUCCGUUGUGUUUCCCUUAUAUUUUUUUAAAUUGAAGUUUGUGACUAAGAGUUUUGUUUGCUUAUCGAUUUAUUACUAUUGAAAAUCCAUAAAACUAGUGUUGCUUUUAUUUACAUAUGCCGACGGGUAUGUUUCAAUCAUUGUAACCAGAAUCCUACUUCCUUUUCCAGAGAUACAACAUUAGACUAACAUACAUUAUUAUGAUAUACUGACAACAAUGUGUUAGCAUAACAAACUGAUAUUAUAGAUAAAAAUGUAAAUAACUGGAGUACAGCAGUCACCAUUUUGUUGUAAUAUUUAUCACCAUAUAACAAACAACUAUGACAAAAUAAAACACGAACUGGCAUAUAGACGCUCUACAUUCGGAGCACAGUAGUAUAAUUGAAAGACAUGAAGACCACAACAUAAA